AUGGCUCUCAAGACUCUCGGAGCUAAAGCGGCUGCAGCCCUGGACCAGGAGUUAAUGAGCACCUGUGCCUUUUCUAUUGACCAGCUGAUGGAGCUUGCUGGCUUGUCCGUUUCCCAGGCUGGUCGCCGAGUUCUCGUCGCCUGUGGUCCUGGAAACAAUGGUAUGCCGCCCCAGCUCUUGUUACCGUCGAUUAUUUGGGAUUCUGACAACCGUCAAGGAGGAGAUGGGCUCGUGGCAGCUCGACAUCUUUUCUACUAUGGAUACCAACCUACCGUCUUCUAUCCGAAACGGAGCAAGAACGAGCUGUAUCAGCGCCUAGCUAAACAGCUUGAAGACCUCGACGUCCCUUUCGUCGAAGACUUCCAAUCAGCAGUGGGUUUGACGGAUCAUAUUGUGGAUGCGAUUUUUGGAUUCAGCUUCUCUGGUGACGUUCGCGAGCCGUUUCCAAAGGUCAUUCAAACGCUAGAAGAAACAAAAGUUCCAGUGACUUCAGUUGACACUCCAUCAUCAUGGGACGUCGAAUGUGGUCCUCCAAAGUCUGGAUUAGGUAGUGCUUUCAUGCCUGCCACACUCGUCAGUCUGACGGCCCCGAAACCCUUGGUCAAAUUCUUCAAGGGACGCCACUUCGUUGGUGGCCGAAGCUUCGUUUCGCCGUCCAUUGCCAAGAAGUACGGUUUCGAGGUGCCAGAAUAUUUUGGUGUGGAUCAGAUUGUCGAGGUGCCCACAACCAGUGAGAAGCUUUGA